CCGCAGUGGCAACGCGCUGUAUUCUUUACAACGCUGCCGUAUAAGUUUAUCGUAAAAAAUUAACAGUAUUUAAUAAAAUGAUAAGAAGCAGUGAUAUAUUAUUAAAUGUUCGACUGUGUUACUAUGGUGUUGCUAUAUCUCAUCUAGUGUUUGCUGUUAUCAUGAUCAUACCAAUCGACAUGUCACAGGACGAGGACCCGAGAGUCAGUAUCUACUCACGUGUCAGGUGGAAAUUAAUCACUUGUUGGUUUAAUUUGAUGAUGCUGACUUACUUCCCAAUCGCUUUCUAUUGCGAUUUGAAGGAGAAGCGGGGCGAGUGGGAUACGAAACGCCUAAGACGCUUGAGAAAGUUUCGAGAUUAUUUUAUGACAAGUAUAAUAUUUCCAACUACAAUGUAUGCCGAUUUUUCUUUCUGGAUACUGUGGGUGAAGGACCCAGAAUUAAUAGCUCCUAUGGCUGUAUUCAAGUAUUUGCCAUAUUGGGCUCAGCACUCGUUGCACACCGUGUCAGGGGUCGCGGUAUUAAUGGACAUUCUUCUGCUUCCUCGGAGAAGACCAACCAACGUGAUACCUGGCCUAGCCCUGAUGCUGGCUUUUUGCUCUGUGUAUGGUUGCGUACUCGCAGUCAGUCAAUUCACUGGUGAACCAGUGUAUAGUUUGUUUGAACUUUUCGGCUGGUUAGAGGUGAUAAUGUUCGUGGCUAUCACGAUAACUGUAUAUAUGUUCUUCCAUUUCCUUCAAUGGUAUAUUGUCGAACUAAUUUGGGGCAAAACGUAUGAAGAGAAUAACAAAAACACUCUAGAGAAAAAUAAACUUAAUUGAUAAUGGCGGGAAUCGAAUUGUUUAAUUUGUAUAUACUAUUAUUAUAAAGGUGGAUGGUUUGUCUAUUCGAACGCGCUUAUUUCAGGAACUAUUAUGUGAUUUAAAUUUGCAAAGGUACAUGUGAGAUCGCUCCAAAGAUGAGGUCGCUGAGCAAAAUAAUCUAUAUUUAAAUUAGAAUUUGUAAAAUGUAUUUCAAGGUAACUCAAGAAAAACAUCAAGCUUACAUGUCUUUUAGUAAGAAA